UCCAACCCCGCACUCACCAUGUCCACACCAUGUAGACACGCCAUCCGGGCAGCCCGCGCCCUACGCUCGAUCCCCACCCGCGUCGCCCCCCACCCAUCGCAACCAUGCCUUCGUGCCGCCCGCCCACCACCGCCAGCGUCCCAAACCCGCGCCUUCUCCCACACAACCCCCCGACCGAAGCUCAAGACCAUCGACCAAAUCCGUGCGCGCAAUCGUGGCGGGCCAUUCAAUCUCACGGCUGCUAUCUUCUUCAUUGCCGCGGGUGGGGGGCUGUAUGCGUAUUUCACGUACGAGAAGGAGCGUAUGGCGAGGAAGCGCAUUGCGGAGCAGACGAAGGGGAUUGGGAAGCCCAAGGUUGGCGGGCCGUUUGAGCUUGUGGAUCAGGAUGGACGGCCGUUUGGGAGCGCGGAUAUGGAGGGGAAGUACGCUUUGGUCUACUUCGGCUUCUCGCAUUGCCCAGAUAUAUGUCCCGACGAGCUCGACAAAAUGGCCCUUAUGUACGACAAAGUCGUCGCUGCAUCGGGCAACAUCCUACUCCCUAUCAUGAUCACGUGCGAUCCCGCGCGCGACAACCCCGCCGUCUUGAAGGAGUACUUGAAGGAGUUUCAUCCGCAGUUCAUUGGCUUGACGGGCGAGUAUGACAAGAUCAAGGAUGUGUGCAAGAAGUACCGCGUCUACUUUAGCACGCCGCAAACGGUCAAGGAGGGUCAGGAUUAUCUCGUUGAUCACAGUAUCUACUUUUACCUGAUGGACCCAGAGGGCGAUUUCGUCGAGGCGAUUGGGCGGAAUUUCACGGCUGACCAGGCGGCAAAGGUCAUCAAUGAUCACGUCAAGGACUGGGACAAGCCGCUCAAGAAGGAGACUCGGUGGGAGUAAAGUUGACGUUGAGCGUUCAUGACGAUAGAAGUUCUCAAGCUAAAAGAUAUAGAUGAGUGGCACGUCAUGUGUGUUGUAUGUGUAUCACGUUACGAAGACAAUUGCAUGGCUUCUGUAGAAUAUUGUACAAUUACACGCCUGUAUGAUCAUUUGUUGGCCCGUCAACCUCACGCAUAUAUGGAUA